AAAAACGAUUUCAGACGUAAUUGUAUGUUAUUAGGUUAUAGCGUCUGUGCGUUUUGUCCAUAUUUUCUUUGUCGUGAUAUAUAACUUCUUCCUUAAAAACACAUCGAUUUCCUUCGAUUAUCGAUAUUACGAAACUAUACCACGAAUUAAUUAGUACUAAAUAAGCAAAAGAUUUUAUUAAUCAAUAGACACAAUGGAAAGUGCAGCAGCCUCAAUUUUAAAACGAGCUGUCGAAAAGGACAAAGAAGAACAGUAUACUAUGUCUCUUUUAUUAUACCAAGAAGGUGUACAAAUACUUCUUAACACUAUAAAAGAGACAAAGGAUCCAGUUAAAAAAAAACAUUUUGGUGUUAUGACUUCGCAAUAUCUGGAUAGAGCAGAAAAAUUAAAGCAAUUAAUUGAAAAAAAGAAAAUACAAGGUACAUACAGAGAAUUAAUAAAGAUUAAGGAUGGCGCAAUCGGGUAUGGAUACAAUAGUCUUUUUGGUAGAUUUUUGGAUGCUAUGGUUACUUAUAUUCAAAUAGAAGAUCCAUAUAUAAGGGCAUUUCAUCAGUGUCAAAAUCUAGUAAGGUUAUGUGAAUUGGCAGUUCAAAAAUGUCAUUCCCUAUCAAAAAUAUCUCUUACUACUACAUGUGAUCCAGAAGAUUUUAAAAAUCAAUCUAAAAGACUUGAAGAAUUGAAGCACAGUUUGAAAUCGCAUCUUAUAUCAUUUGAAAUUAUAUAUUCUGAUACAUUGCAUGACAGACAAAUUGUACUUAGCAAUGGAUGGAUAAUAAAGAUAGGACGUGGUUUAGAUUAUUUUAAAGCACCUAAUGGAAAGUUUGUUCUGGGUUAUUGCGAUCUUGAAUUAAGAUCAUGUCAGGAAACUACAGUUGAUAUCUUUCAUAGUAGUCAACUGACAGAUGCUGUACCAUGAUAGAUAAAAAUGAAAAGUAAUUAUAUAUUAAGACGCGAACAUA